CAUCUAUCCAACUGCAGCCGGAAAGACCUCCUAAUCCAACACAAGAUCUCAAGAACUCAUAGAUAUAGAUCCUCAGUACCUAGCGUCGUACAAACCAACUUUUUCGCACAAAAAAAAACGACUGUCUCUGAACUCGAAAAGAUGGCACCAGGAAUCCGAUUGACCCGAUCGCAUAUCAGCACUAUCCACGCAGCCCUAAACCCUUUCCACCCCUCAACCUCCCGCUCUCCUCUCCUCCUCCUCUCCCUCCUCUCCACACCCAAGAACACCACCUCCCAGCCCAGCCCGACUAUCAAAGGUUCUCCAUCAGACAAUGUCAACGUGACCGUCUCCAUCCUCCCUAAGAGCGCGAAACGGGCGGAAGUCACCGUGGGGUAUGUGGACGGGAAGGUAGAGAGGAUCCCUAUCGAGGCCGAGGUCGAAACUUCCUCAACGACGACAACGGGCACGGGAAAAGUCUACCCGAGAAGAGCUCGGAAAGAGGCCGAAGCGAUCUCGUUAGACAAAUUGGUCGAGCGGGUGGAUGGAUGGGCUAGGAGUUUGAAGUUGAAGGACGAUGGGAGCGCAUAGCCUUUGGGAAGGAUGUAGCUGGAGCGUGGGGUAUCGUGAAGGGUCGGUGAGAUGGACUCUGAUGGUUCGGGUACCGGGCGGCACAGGGGCAAGGAUCUAUGGAUGUGAUGAAGAGAGUCCACAGAGCAGGAGCGUGGGAUUACUCGGCGGCGUCAUGAAGAGGCGGUUCGACACGAGGAAAGCUUGUCUAUGAUUGAUGGAUCACCUCGGCCGCAUCGCCGGGAAGACGUGACAUGUCCCAGGACCGGGGUUGAAAUGGUGGGGUAGGGCGCUGCAGUAUCGGACGUCGUAUCAUAUCUUAUUUGUACUUCUUAUAUGUGGAAGACCAUCCAAUCAUAUGUCGACCAGGGAACGAACUUGUGAUUGGGCAAGGCUUGCGUACGAACGAACAUGGUCAUAGCGAAGGA